UGAACCAAGCCAAAAGGCGGCAUCACCUUGAACCAAUGAAUUCUCAGAUUACUGGCAGUAAUUCGUUCAUUUCAAUGAAAGAGCAGGUAGCUAUAAGUUUCCCCACUCUACUCUAAUAGUCUUUUUUAGAUUCAAGCUUAUUUCCUUGAGGAUCGCAACCCGAAUCUUAGGAUAGUCUACUUUCUGUUCUGAUAGUAUAGGAAUAGCAGUCACAGAGGGAGGAUCACAAAUAAGUGUAUUCUUACUAGAUGAGACAUCUUCUCUAUUCUUACUAGAAGAGACAUCUUCAGAAGAUUUCUUCCAAAAAUGCAAAAGAAUUUCUCUGUCUUCUUUCCAAAAAAAGUGAGGGGGCCCACCACACCACUUCCCUCGACCCCUUACCACGGGAGUCACUAAAGAUGAGACUGACCAUGAUAAGGGUAUGGGGCAUUGAUUGGCUUGGAGGAUUAAGGGGAAUCGGGUAGUGGAGCCAACAUAUUAGGUCGGCCACUGAGAUUUUGCCCCUUUUUCUCCACCUGCGCUGGAGGGAUUGCAGCGGGAUUCAGAUGCCGCUCUUGACUGAGCCCGGGUUUAGGGGCUACCUGGGUUUGUGCCCAACCUGGCCAAGCGCAAUUCGAGAUCGGGAUAGAGGGUAAAAGCAAUCCAUCCUUAUAGCAAGUCCUAGAGUUAAGUAAAAAAGACUUCUCGGGAGUUUGGGAGUGUGACUAUAACCAGUACUCAUGUAUAAUAUAAUAUCCUCUUUCUAGUUAAAAUGAGUAUUACCUGCCUGCACAAUCAAUCUAUGGCGAUCUCGGUCUCACGCGCCAGUCCCUCUUGCUAAGCCUAAGUGUUAAGCAUAGCAUAUCUUAUAUUAACCUAUCUUAAAAGGACUUCCAGACAUUGAUUUUAGGAGAGUCAUUUUGUAGGGCCAUUCGCGAGCCAGUACCCUUAUUAGGAUAGGAAAGUAGGGACUUAUUCGAAGUUCAUAGAUAUAGUCUAUCAGGCUGGUCUCCGGGGUCGUUUCCCUAGCAGAGCAGGUUGGUUUCCGGUUCCCUACAAGCGUUCUAUAUAAGCGGUCCCUGCCAGUUACAUCAAGUUCCAUUCCAGCAAUCAAUUAGGCUAGUAUUGAUAGUUCAAGCUAAAAAUUCUGUCUUAAAAAAAAUAAUAGGUUAGCGGGACAAGGAAGAAAGUGCGAUUGUAUUAGUGUUCCGGGAAGAAAGGGAAUCCUGCGCUUCUCUAAGAAAAGAAAAAGAGAGAGUUUACACAAGUAAAGUACUAAACGAGAAAAAAAGCAUUUCUCGAGAAAAGGUCCCAUAGUCAUGAUUGGGUCGACCCAAUCAUGACUCAUCAUAUUUAUAUAUAUAGACUCCUCAUAUUUAUAUAUAUAAUAGAAAGAUGAAAGGUUUAUUUUUGUUCGGUCAGUCUGUUUCCUUUCCUCUCGAUUCACCUAAAACUUCUUUUGCCACUGACGUGAUACUGAUACAAUGAGCCAUCUCAUUCUACAUUGAGUUAGCAUCCUCACCUAACUUCCACUCCGUCUCAUUAAUUAUUUUCUCUUUAAACAUAACUUGCUUAUCCCCUUUCCAAUUCCACCACCUAAUCCUAGGCUCCCUUGCUCCUUCUCUUCCAUCUCUUAAUACUAAGAUAGAGUACUAAAAAUCUAUGUUGGGUUGCUACACUCUCUCCAGGUAUCACCCUUACAAUCCUUGAAAUACUUCUGAUCUGCUCGUCGCGUUAGGAAGAAGUAAAUCUGACUAACAUUAGAACCACUCCUAAGAGUUCCCAAGUGCGAGUCUCUAUUCCGUGUUGGCAAGUAUCAAAUCAUACGCCAUAGCAAAAAGAUACUUUUCCGCGUUAUCUCAAGAAAAAGGACGAAGAAUUAUAGAAUUGUCGUGUAUGUUACUUUGUGGGUGUGGCCAUUUUGAAUCCCAUUUCCUUUCCUAUGGUAGAGACAGUCGUUUUCCUCUUACGAAUUAAGUUAAAGACCGCUCCGCUCCCCUUCGGUCAAGAUCGAUACAAUACAGCCGAUCCGCUUUCUUCCGUCAGUAGUCGAUAUAUUUAUAUAAUUAGAUUAAUAGCAGUCCUAUAUCAGGUAUGACAAGGUUGGCAAACUGUUUUCCUAAAUUCGAAUUUAGUUCACAGCCCUUCUUCAUUAAAGUGGGCCGCAGUGGAAACGGCGAACAAUUGCUGUAAUAUAUAGUAUAGUAUAGAUACCGGAGAAACAUGCUGCUCUCCUCUUCUAUUCAAUUUUCUGUUUCUACAUAUCUUUCGAGAAGGGGGAGGUCAUUAGAGGCUCCUCUGGAGGCCAUGAAGGAUCCGUAAUUCAUUGCAAGGCAUUCUCCAAUCCCCAUAGGUGAUACAGGAGUUGAUUGAAAGGUAAGGUAGUGCAUGCCCAUCCUAGAUUUCCUAGUUCCGAUCCAGCUUCCUGCUUUCAGCAACCAGAACUGAAGCGGGGCCCAUUGAAGAACACUGUACCUUAGCCCGAGCAGCUGCUUUGUCCAAUUCUUCCUAAUCUGGGUAGGCCCAAUCUUCCUUAGCCGGAUUUAUCCUAUCUAUCUGAUCCGAGGGAUAUUCUUUUCUCUAACCCUAGAAACCCUGCUUGAAGUAUGUCCUUCGUCUUUCGACUCAGCCUCGCUAGUAAUCCGUUCUCUGUAAAAUGUAAUGAAAGUGGGUUCGCUUCUUUGCUUUUCUUUCGAUAUCUCAUCGAUCAGAGGGGUUUAUCCUAACUGGCUCCCUAACCGAAGGUUCUAAAUGUAUUUCCCUCCGAGGGCCUGGUCGAUUCAGCGUUGGAUCUUGAAAUGCAAUUCGCGAUUGAUAAGAAACAUGCCCUUCCCCUCUAAAUCGUUGUCAAGUACUGGAUUGCCAUCCUUCCUGGUUGUCCUUACUUACUAUAUGUGAUAUCUGGGAAUUCCUCCCAAGCUCUAUAACUAGAAUAUUCAUUUAUGGAGUUGCCUUUGCCAAGAAAGUUUCCUUUCUUCGAUGAACCCCGUUCGUGAUACGAUACCCUGCCUGGGCCUCACACUUCCUCGAAACCAACCCACAGAAAACCACUGGCCCUUCACUCCCUACUGUUCUUCCUUUAACCCGCAGUUCCUUCAACAAUGAAGGUUGGACUUACUGACUUGCCUCUCUGCUCAACCAACUCACCUGUUCGAGCCUGCUUUCGAAAGUGCAUCCUUUUCCUUGGGCGAGGGUGCUUCCCUUCAUCGAUAGACUUUCCUACGAGACACGAGCGAAUAUACGUACGCCAAUACCUACGAUUCCUAGCCAAUGGAAUGAAAUAGCAAUUGUUCGAAGAAUCCUCUCUGGCCACCUGAAUAAGUUGAUCAAACUCUUGGCAUACAGAUUUGAAUUCUAGUUGGUAUCGGCCUGUCAUACUCAUCCUCCCCUCGCCCAUGAAGUAUGAUAUCCGUUGUAGUGCUUCCAAUAGCAGAGCCGUGGAUCCGACAACCUUGUCUACUGUAAGGCUGGGGAUGUGAGUCUAUGCGUUCUCCACUCCAUUCUAUUGAUGCUUCUUAUUAGCUAGAUCGGGCCCAAUUGACAGACAGGUUCUGCCCUCCGAGCACUAAAUCCCUUCAUCUUGCACUGGAUAAGGGAAUCUAGUAUUGAGAAAGAAUGGUACUUCUUUUUUACGUCGUUUAUAGACGGAGGAAUGGAUACGAGUAGCAACAUCGGGAGAUGGAAGCUGACACAGGCAAGACAAAACAUGAGUCUUCAUAAGCUAGAGCUUCCGACCUUUACUAUUUACAUCAGCUCAACCUUCUUGCCCAUUUGCUUUAGCGGUUUGAUUGGCGGGUUUUCGGCCUUGCGUAGAUGGUUUGCUUGGGCUCUAGGGUCAUUCCCUUCUCAAGGCUGGCAAAGUAGGUUCUUUAUUACUCGAAAGCCGUUGCACUUUCGUUUCUUAAAAGUAAGGUAUUGGUAUACGGAUCAGUAGGAACUGUUUUGGAAGUCUACUCUAGUCUAGUACAGUGCUUUAAAGUAAAGGUAGCCAGUAGUGGUAGCCUGUAAUGGAUCGUUCAGGGAAGGGAAGAAGCGUGGCAUCAUUUAUCCUAGCUUUACAAGCUUGAUAAGUAUUGGUACAGGUAUUGUUAAUGGUUGGUUCCUUGAAGGGAAGUGCUAUCAUUAUAGCUAUCUUUUUACUAGUAAUGGAAAGGUACAGGAACCUUCCUUGAGAAGAAUGGGUUUUGGUGAAGGUGCGGGGCUGGUAUUGGUUUUUGUUGCUAGGUUUUGAAGAUGCCUUGCAGGGAAUUGGUACAGGUACAGCUUCCUUCGUAUCUGGUAUGGGUGAUUGGUAUAACCUAAUGAAAAGAGGAGUGGUUGCUACUACUUCCUUAAUAAAACCAGCUUCCUAAAUAAAACAAAUAACAACUUUAUUGUUCUUCUUCCUGCUUUCUUCUUCUUCUUCUUCCUCUAGCUCCAAUAGCAACCUGCUUCGGAUCCAGCAUCUGCUUUCUUCCUAUUUCCUAAAUCUAACAAAAACAACUUCUUCUUCAUCCUCCUACUCCUAAAUAACAACCCUGCUUCAUACCUUCCUUUUGGCCUUGCAGAGAAGUGGUAUCACUGCCUGAAAGGAUAAGAGUGUGUCUAGUUUUACAGUGUAUAGCCUAGUGCUUGAGUAGAGAGGUUUCUUUCUGCCUUUUGUACAAGAGCAGUUAAUGUAGUUGUACUGGUGCGUUCGUUUAGGCCUUGCUUGAUGGGAUGCAGGUGAUGGUGAAGUGUUCCUUGCUUUAGAAGAGUCCUAUAUAUUUUAGCUGACAAGAGCAGUUAAGUUAAGUAAAGUUAUGGUAGUGGCAGGUAAGGAUCCUUCGUUUCUGGUUUAAGCCCGGAUAAGAAAACAAGGAAGUUGGUUGAAGACUCCCUCUCUCUCAUUCUUCCGGAAUGGAAAUGCCAUUCUCGAUAGCAAGGUAGGAGACAUAGCAGCCAUAAUCACUUUCAUCAGAAAAGAGGUUUGUUUUCUUGCUUGUCGCUACAGAUCGUUUUUCCGGGCUUCAUCAGGAAGAGCACUUGCCAUUCUAAGGUUCAAUGAAGCGGGUCGAAAUAUGGCUUGCUUACUUCUACUUCCUUCCGUUCGUGUAAGCACUCAUGCUUCCACUUCACUCUCCUCUCGAAAGCCAGGCCAGGUUCUAAGUCCGGUAGGUCACUAGCAGUUCGAGAAGAAGGGUUUUGUUUGAUUCACGAGUUCACUCAACAACCGGAUUUGCCCUCGAUACCCAAGAAGAAAAAGUGGAUUUCCCUUAGGGCCACAACUAAUUAGGCAACCCUAUUUUCCCUCAGGAGAUCAGGAGAGUCGAUGGUUGAUUCGAAAAGUCCCUCUCGCCUAGUGGCUAAACUAAAGAAUCCGAUGGCACGCUUGGGAUCUAACCAGCACCAGAGAUCUCUGUUUCAAUACGCCGAUCCGAUCCUUGAAAUACGCCGAUCUACCAAACAGCUUGCUUGCUUUUAGUUGACGGGCAAACCUGAGCACUAACUAGUCCUGUUCCACUUCUGAAUCUACGUCAAAUUUCCGGAAAGCUAAUCGAUUUUAAAAAAGUGCAUCUAAAGCACCCUUUACUAAAAUCAAUGUAGUUGCAUGCAAACCUUCUGCAAUAGCAUGAUGAACCAAGAAAUCUCCGGGUUAGCAUAUAUCAAUGAUGUUUUCCAAGGGCUCAAAACGCUAGGUUCGUUCUCUCGCUCCGGUAGACUGCUUCUUCUCUCAAUUGCCAAGAAUGGUGCUGGUAGAUAGCAUGGUUUUGGUAGAAACGAUAUCUCGUACCUGCUUUGCUAUAAGUGCCUUCCCUCCCUUUUGAUUAGGGAAAUGGGAUUCAAGAUUUCGAAUAGUUCGAUGCAGAUGGGCCAGUUCUUGUCCGAAGAAGGAUGUUUGCUUUGAGGUUUCCCCUAGUUGGGGAGACCGAGAAGGCCCUAACGACAUUGCAUCUCCUGUUCUCCUGUGUUAAGAAGAAAACUUGUCCGAAAAAGCGAGAUGAUAGGAAUAGAGAUUGGAAUGAAAGUUGGACUAGUAGAUCCUUGUUCUUGUUCAAUGAAUACUUCUUUCCCAGGUGCUGUCAGAAAAAGCAAACUGGUUGGAUCCCAGUACUUAGAAACCAUUUCUCCGAAGCAGGUGCCAAACCUUCUCUUCUUCCCUUAGAAAUUGGUCCAGAAUAGGCAUUCUUCGCUUAGGGCAGGUAGGUUCUCGGGAAAACGAACUAGACCGGUAAACUAUUGCAUCUUGGCCCGAGAAAAGAAAAGAUGGAUUGGAGUGAUUGAACUAGAACCCGGGUGAGCCCUCCUAUUGAUCAGAUCUCGGUAGUGAAAUGAUAGGAAAUAUGCCAAGAAUAAUUCCAUUUCAUCUCUUGUGUGAUCAAACGGGUUGCCCAAUGUACCAAAUGCUUUCUAUAAAGUGUGGAAAUAGUCAAUGUAGGAUGGGACUCUGACCUAAAACAUAUGUGCUGGGUGUAUCUUCCCGCCGACCAAAAACUUAUGCCCAGUGCCAGACCUGAAAAUAAAGGAAAUAUAGGAAUGUGGAAAUAGGAAUGUAAGAAAAGCCAUCAAGCUAGGAACACAGAAAGCUACCACUUCUUGUAAACAAACCUAUGCUAUGAAACAAUCAAAGUAGAUCGGAUCGUAUGAGGGAUGCCUACAGGGCAAGGAUAUCAUGAUUUGAACAAGCAGGGGAAAGUCAAGAAGCAAGGUCACUAAUCUAGAUCCGGCCUGGCCGAAGGAUAAGAAAUGGAUGGCUAUCGCUUUCCUUCUUAGGUGAGGGAUUCGAGAUGUAUGCGCCCGCAUAAAGAUCUGAGAAGCUAUGAAUCUGUCGUAUAUACUAUAAUAGACGAACAAACACAUAAAGAGAAACCGGAGACUAAUGACCUAGAUCAUCAAACCUUUCUGUCCACACUCGAUCCUUAGCAAUAAGCCUACAGCUAAGAAGAUGGAAUGGUACCAAGCUCACUUAUACGCACUCCUAAAUGAAACAAACUAGACUAUCACACUAAGUUACACCUGCCCUGAGCCAUAAAUCAAUAGAAGAGUUCGGUAUUAUUUCCAUCUUUUCCAUUAGUUUCUAUGAAAUCCUGAUAUUCGUUUUUCUAUUCCACUGCGCAUAGCCCGGUUCUUUCCGCUAGCACUGGCAAUAGACCCUUAACCGGCACUGGCACUGAGUGCAUUACUUACUGAAUUACUUACUUUACUGCACUGCAUUUCCAGCUGGCCUUCCCGAGUACGAGUAUGGGUUCGUUGGAUCAUUCUAUUCUAUGUCAAUUGGAAGUUGCAUUUCAGACUCUGGAAGCCCCGUUCCUUCUCCUUUUAAGGUAAGGUAAGGUCGGCAUAAAUCCAUCAGUGGUAGGAAUCAACGAUCCAUUUCGUAAGAGAAGAAUUGGGGAAAGCACGCAGUUGGCAGUUGACAUCUUCAAUACAGAACUCUUUCUUCGCUUUCUUUUCAGGAAACUCGAAAUCUCGAACUAGAAAUCUCGUAAGAGAGGAUCAAGCUCUAGUCUCACAAUUGAGAAGUACGGCACCUUUUUGCCCAAUAAGCUAGUCUACCUUUACUGCGGCACCUCGAAGGAAUGAAUAGCCCGGCCCCUUCUCUCAGGAAUCCGUUGAUAAGGCAGUGUAGGAGUGCAAAUCCUUCUAGAGACUUUCCAGUCCAGAUUCGACGCGACGCUUAGCUUAUUAUUCUUCUGAAGAUGCAAUUCUGGAUCUCUGUACAAGCUUUCAAGAUUGGCUGGGCGUGAAGCAUCUCUAUUUCUUGUGAUUUCCUUGUCAGUUUCUCUAGCAGCCCUACCUCAAAUCCUCUUCUGUGGAAAACUAGUUCGUUCAUCUGAUGGCACCCAAUGAGUAACUACUAAUGUUAUGAAUAAAAGGCCAGUCGCAGAUUGAUCCGAUACGCCAGACCUGCUUCCGUUGUUUGACUUCCUGACUUCCUAUAGUGUAGCUUUCCCUGAGCGAGAAUACGACCCAGAAGUACCCGCCACUCUAUCUCUGAAGUGAGUUCUGUCGACACCUCACAAAGAAAGAAAAGGAGGGCUAGGCCCGAAUAGGUCUUUGAAUCCUGGCCAGAAUUGAGGGGAGCUUCGCUCUCCAUUGAGUAAGGAAAUCCAGCCUCGGGAAUGAAAGUAAUUAACUGAAAUAUCCAAUAACAUAUAAAAUAGAAAUGUUAAAGCAUAACGAAAGAGUAAGACCUCGGUCGUGCAAAUCAUGCCGAGGAGGCUUCCUUUCAACAAAAUGCAAGGAUUCUCCGGGGGAUAGCCGCUAUUAAAGAAAGCCCUGGGCUGUGGACUCAGUAUGGAAUGGAGAUAAUGUGGUAUGCUUUCCACUGUUGGCAGUUCUAGAUAAGAAAAGGUUGAGUUCGGCUGGCUCGGCUCGCUAGGAGGAUGAAGCUUCUACUCUUUGAGUGAAGUAAGUUGGAAUCUUUCAUCGUUCUUUUCCUUCUAAUGUCGGACUGAUGAAAGUCGUUUUUAUGAAGAAGCGUUGAAAUAAGAAAAAAAUGGUGGUCAAAUAGAAAAAAGAAAAAAAGAUUGAGGGCUUUUGCUGCCUAUAGGGCAGGUACUCAUUGUUUUACUUCGCUCUUCUUUUCUCGCCAAAAAGUAGAGCAAGGAAAGAAAAUGAACACGCAAGGAAAGAGGUUGGUUAUUCGAUCACUGUUCUCGGAGUCGUACACACUCCACUUAUGAGUUGAACAAAGAAAGUAAUGCUCGAAAAAAGAGAGUAAUGCAAAGUGGACAGAUCAAGUCAAACACGAGUCAAUUCCCUAAAAAAGUCUCCCAACCUGACUGGAAAAGUGGGAACCGACUUCAUCAAAAACCAUCAAGUCAAGCCCAUAUGCAUUUAAUAAUAAGGGAUGUUUCGCUAAGGAUCCAAAAAGGUUUCUUAUAAUCUGUCUAAAUAAAAUCCAACCGUCCUUUCUUUAGGAGAAUAUCGCCUAUUUCUCACUUUUGAUACCAGUUGAGUACGGCACGGCACGGCACUAUCAUGAAUCAAUGGAAAGCUUUUUUUCUGACUAGAAUUGACACGCUACUGCUAGUUGUAACGUAAACAGUGGACUCACUCACUCAAUCUGCCGUGCCAGGUAUGAAAAGAGAAGCUAGUCCGGAAGCAAGGUCAAUCAAGUGCGCCACGUCUGUCCCAGGCAAAACCACUGACUGCUAUGGCAACCUCUCUUUUGAUUCUCCUCAUUAGAUUCUACUAAUCUCAUUGGGAGCUGAUCUGAAAACUUCUAUCCUAUCUCGCUAUGGGCCAAAAGUGCAUCUCACCUAGUGGAAAAAGUUGCACUAUUUCUUGGCACAACGAUGGAUUCCAGGCAUGGCUGGCUGAAGAACGGAAAAUGCUUUGAUUAUGCAUUUCUCGAAUCUAGUCCAACACAACUGAAUUUCGCCCCUCCUUCCUACUUUACUUUCCACCGGACUCAUUCCAAGAGUCAAGAGUGAAUGGGAUUCUAUUAGGCAACGAAAUCAAGUGCUAGUCCCCUUCUCGGGAAAGCCAAUUUCCUAUUCCAAGAGUCUAGUGGUAAGUUCUAAGCUGGAAUGGGUCCGAUCCUUGCUAAUGAAUGAACUCCGUCACUACUCCUUUCCUUGGGCCAAAACCACGGAAUAUUUUCAGGAAACUAGACUCGAACUGAACCAUAGCCCGGCACCCUCGAAACGAUGGAUUGCUUUUGAGAAAACCGCAUCUCACUCAAAAGUAGCCUACCCCAUUUUCCCGAGGGAAUACGCAAAUCCGGAGUGGGAGAAGGCUAAACCCAUUUCUGUUCUGAUCCGCCAGAUCAUGUCAUGUCUUGUGUCAAAUAGAUAUUGUCGUAUGGUAUGGAGUGAGAAUCGAGAUGACUAUGGCCAGUAGAAAGAAAGAGAGAAAGAGGUAACGGCAUCUGAUUACCGCUUUUAGCAUGGAAUUUGGUACCGGAUCGUUUCGAAAACGAGUCCCUAAAGUCUGUUUUCAUUUCAAUGGCAGGCUCAAGGAGUGGAAAGUGAGUCCAUUCCUUGGUAAAAAAAAUGAAGUAAUGCUGCUUCCUUCUUAGACUUAGAGAAGGGCCCCUAUUUUUUAUUUUAGUCUAAGUAGCCUAUAGUGGUUGUUUCCACUUAAAUAAAGGGCGGGUAGGCUAGGGAGGGAAUGUUUACUUUUCUUAUUUGCGGGGAAAAGAGUUGAUGCCGCUAGCAGCUCAGCUUAGGCCGUACCUACAUGGGCUCCAGAUCCUCCCUGUCUUCCUGCAGAUUCUGAUUCCAGCUUGCCUUGAAUCCCAAACAUAACGACUACUUGAUUCGCGCCGGGCGAUUCCAGUUCCAGAGUGAUUUAGCCCGCGCCUGGGACAAGUGGUUUAGUGGACUCUUGAGAAGUAGCUUUUCGGAUCUCUGGGUACGUGUUCCACCUUUGUUUGGGCGUUGCAGAAAGAUAACCUGCUGCCAGAAGAAAUAAUGCAGAAUUGAGUGAAUAAUGCCUUUAAACCGGUACCGGUAAAGUACUCUCGCGCUUAUCUAUUUAUAGGCCCAACCUAUGAAACAAGGUUCUCUACCUGUGUAGAUACGGCAAACAAACUCUACCAAUACCAAUCCACCGGAAGAAGCCUGAACAAUCACCCAGCAAGAGCUUUAUAGGAUGUUUCCUUUCUUAGUCUUAGUCGAGGUUCUUACAACGUGGCUUGAUGCAGUGUAGAUGUUUUGGUAGUCCAGUUCAGAGAUAUGACAGGAAAAACUCCACACUAGAGACAAGAACAUAGAAGAGAAUAAAGGCAAGGGUGUGCUUCUUCUUUCUGGAGAGACUGACAAUAAGAGUAGAUUAGAUCGUGUGCUUCUCGGUGCGCCGACUACUUCACUGUUACCUACCUAUCAUUCACUAGACCGAGUAUGAGUACGGACUGACAUUCACUAGACCAAGUCAGAGUAGGGGGUUCCAUUCUUCACUACACCCAAUCUGUACCGACUCCCAUUAAUUACAGGUUACGAGUGUGGAAAGACUUCUUACUUUAUUCCAUUCACUACUGGUUAAGUAAGCAUGAACGUAGAUAAGAGAGGAGUCAAUGGAACUCUUGGCUUGUGAACAAGUGACUUCUUUCUUUUCAUAGACUACACUACAGACUAUCAAGCACUAGAAAACAACAGGCCCAGUUACGUACGAGUCAGGCAAUUGUCUACCCUCACGAAGCAAUGAGAAAAGGUAGGUGCUGAUGUGCUAGUAUAGAACAUAAGUAAGAAAGCAUCUAUUUCCCUAUAAUCACCGACGUUGGUAUUUGCCUACACCCCAUUCUAUGAAAAACUCCGCAACUCCAAAUAUUCGAUAUAAUAGGAAGGCCAUUCACUUUAAGAGGAAAUGGAGCUGCAUAGCGUUGCCUUCAGACUGGUAUUAGCAAAUGCUUUGUUGAUCUGAACCGAACAAAGACACAUCUUUGGUGCAGUUUUCCUAAAGGCGGCUCACAGGGAAGAGAUCCGUUUUGUCAAUCAGCAAAACCAGUUUUCGUAGUGAUGAAAGAAAUUUCCCUCGAUCAUGUGUUCUCGGCCCUGUGACUGGUAAGUCAGUUCAGGCAAGAGAUGAUGGCGGGUCGAUCACGAUUUAGUCUUAUUGAUAAUUGAGUAUACGUCCGCCUAAGGUAAGGUCUGGUUAGAAAUCCUUAGGAACAAGAAAGGGCACACAAUCAAAGCCAGAGGUCUUCGAACCUUGGUAUUUCGAAUCAGAUUGAUAGCUUUUUGAAUGGCAGCGGUUCCGGGACUCUAGUCUUUCGUUUACAGGUUCUACAUUAGGUUCACGAAACCUAUCUACACAGCAAGCUUCUUCAACAGGUCAUUGGACAUCACCCUCACUUCUUCUAGCAGGAAAGCGCGUUAAGAGGUAAGAUCGUACCUCAAGUCAAAGGGCCUCGUUAUAGUUGGAGGCAACACACGCUGAACAAACCUCAACUUGCCUAUUUUGUGUAACUGGUUGAAACUACGAAUUUCCAGUUCAUCUUACGAUGGUAUACGGUGACGGGCCAACCUUCUAUACUAGUGCAUUCAUAGGAGGACGAAGCAGGAAUUAGGAAGCCCUACACUUCAACCGGAGCGAACUUCACACUCGAACUUAGAUAUAGCAAAUAGAUCAAAUAGGCUCAGAGAGAUACGGGGCAUAAUCAAAGAAAAAGAACCGUUGGAGUGGCAAUACAGCUAGAUAGAUAGAUAGAAAGUCUGAUUCUAAACUCAGUCUGAUCUGUCACACCCAGCCAUAAACAACCAUUCCAGAUUCCCAAGAUGAAGUGGAAAGAAAGAGGAUGCAUUCAGGAUCUCAUACUUCGAGAGCUCAACAGCUGUUAGGAACGUCGAGUCCCGCUAAGAACUGCUAACGUCGAGGGCUUUGAUUCUUUUAUUUCCUACCCAACAUAGGCAACACUAGACUGAUCAGACUCAAAAGACUACGCCUUGUCUUUUUGUCCUAAACUCAGCCGACUCUCCAUAUUCAACUGUUUAUGCCCCCCAUAGUAAAAACCACUCACACCAGUUUUGCCUAGUAGAGUGUACGAUCAAAGUGAACUUUUUAUGCCAGCCAUAGUCAAAAGUCCUACUUUCCUUCGCACAUCCGUUUGAUUGCUUAAUCUGUUUUGUUACCCUUGCUAUCCUUGCCUCCUAUGGAUAAAAGGAAGAAGAAACCUAGUUGAAGUAAGGAAAACAGGUUCAUAAGGUUUUCGAGUCGAAUCUUUGAUAUGGAAAAGUCGUAUCACCGCUCCGCAACCUGAACCACGGCACUUCCAAUCCUCUUUAUAUCACGAUUCAUUAUGCAAAUAAAGCUUUUCCUUGCCACUUGGAUUCUGGCACUUUGAAAGAAAUACGAACACUUCCACUACUGCUCUGGAAAGAAGAAAUCCGUCUUGUUGCGAGGAAUUCUUUGCAAUGGGGAAGGCUAACACUUCUUGCUUACUCACUCACGUUAUUCACUCAGAAAAAGUAAAGUAGUAGCACCACAAAUAAACUCAUCUAUCCCAGGUAGCCCCUAAACCUGAUAUGAUACGAUGGGGAACUGGGAAAUUACAGAGAGUGGUGGGUCCCGCCGCGCAACGGAUGAAUCAAAGCGAGAUCAGAUUCCUCUUGAUGAGGGCCGAUGUGACUUCCUUAAAUUCUUUCCUGAGCUCAACAAAAAAUGGAGGGGUUGGGGCUUUGGCUCCAGGCCCAAACUCUAUCUUGUGGUAGACUGCCCUCCUAGGGAGCGCUUGGGCAACUAACUUGUGGGGCAUGACAUUCGGAAUUUCCCGAGAAAAAAAGUCUUAUGUGUAUUGGAUCCGUCUGCUGGUUUCAGGGAUGGGAGUCCACCACUCUUGUCCAGUAAUGGUAGGGAUUCGCAGAAGAACCUCUGGAUCGAAGCAAUGCGGGCCUGUCUGUCUGUAUGUAAUCUACUUCUGAAUGAGGGAAUCCACUUUUGCUACUAGGGAAUCAGACUAAUAGCCUGCGCCUGUUGGCAGUAGUACUUGAACUAUACUUGACUCGGCAAAUAAUAUUGCUAUAUCGAGGGACUCAAUCCAGAGGACAUUUCCAAUAAGCUACUCUGGACUGGCAGCUUUCAGAGAUUGAUCUACGUAUUCCUAUUCGACUUGUGGUUCCCGAAUCAAUAGCGGACUUCCGUCAAUCCAUCAAGCAAACAACGUUCACUGAUACGAGACGGCACCAUUUACUAGAUUUGCACCACGCCCUAUUCAUGAUCUCUUCCCUGGUCAGUAGUAGGGUUGCCGGUGCCCAGGAAUAAUGCUUGUUAUUAUUAAGCCGAAAAGUAACGUAUUAAAAACAAAGUGAACAAAGUGUACCGUGCCAACGGAGACUGACCGAACUUCUACGCUAUGCCCCGACCCUGCUGAUAGAUAAACUAUUCAUCUGGUUGAGCCAGGCUGGCCCUAUUUAUUCCAAUGGAGACUAGACUAGCGUUAGCUGAAAGAUAGGAUUUCAAAGAUAGGUGUUCCCCAUGAUAGCAGUACCUUUCUCCCUUUCGUGGUGGAAUGGACCGCGAGUAAACUGAGCCUUCCGUACACAGUGAGACGGCCUUUUCGAGACAAGUCAGAAAGCUCUUAAGUCCAGUAAGCUAAGCAAAGCUUUCCGUUGGACUAGCAAUAUCGGAUGAAGGAAGCAGCGGUGAACGGAGUCAAGCUAUUGGCUGGUUCUAGCCCACACGAGAUGUAGGUCCUGAUUCCCUGAACCGGAAGAUAAUGAGCAUCGCGGUAAGAGAGAGUCUACUCGACUUGAGAAUCGUUGAUAGACAAAUCAUGCCCGGCAAAGGAAUAGGACUAGUGGAAGUACCCGAUCUCAUAGUGGACUCGCAAUCACCUCCUAAUGGUAUUAUCACCAGGGCUGCACUGCAAGAGAAUUCAUUCCAUUGAGCUGAUGGGAGGAACUCCUGUUGGUUGUUUCGAAGUCAAGGAUGCGGCCAGGGUUGUUAGAAAAUAAAUAGGCAAAGAAGUAGAGCCGUCUUUUGCAUGGAAUAGGCGAAAACCCUUGUUCCUUCUUCUAGCUCGGGAAGCAGUUUAUUAGCGAGGAAAGACAAGCCUUCUGCUUCUGUUGAUGCUGAGGAUGUAGCCUAGCCGUUGUUGCAGGAUUGGCAGGGAUAGAGGAAACUGGGAAUAGCGAUUCUUCCUCCAGAUAGGAUUUCAUGAUUGAAAGCUGUAGCUCAUGAUUGAUUUGAAAUACGCAUCCCUCCCGUAUUGGUGGAAGUAGAUCUUAUAUCCCACCAAAGCAUCGGCUAGUUGCAAGAGAUAUUGUUCGUAAUGCGCCGCUUGAAUGUUCUUCUCCCAUAUGUUGAUCAAGUCUUGAACAGAGAAAUAAUCCAUAAUCUUUUUGUUCUUCAACCAGAGCCUUCUGAGUCUAUCUUCCCCUUCCUUCCUAUUAAUAGAAGACAGAAUGCUAGGCAUGACCAGUCCUAUAUUCACUAAAUCAUCCCAAUGAUCCCUAAGAAUACUGAAAAACUUAGCAUUUAUUUUAUUUUGUACGCUCUGCAGCUUGUUCAGACUAGAGAGUACUACUUCAGUCUCACUAUCAUUUACCAUGUAGAUAUGAAAAUUACCCUCGUCCUUUUUACUCGAUAGCAGUGUGGUCUUCCUAGAAACCGCUCCCU